CUAUACGGUACAUGCAUAACUACGUUCCUCCUUUUCAUUCUCUAGCCUCAUCCCAGUACUCCCCUUCAGGCUCACUCAAGGACUACAGUACAGCCGUUAUCAUGAGCGAGGAAGGGUGUGCCUCAGCUAGUCACAUGACAACAAAGAAACCAGUCCCUCCUCCUCCUCCUCCCCCUCCCCCUCACUCUACCCAUGGGAAGCCAAUAGACCUCACUGUCACCAGUGCUAGAAUUGUCCCAAUAUCUCGUCUACCUCCUCCUAGUCAUCAAUGGAAGGAAGUGAAUAGAAGAGUAUCAAGAGGAGGUUCCUCACACUAUGCAUUAGGGACCUACACACAGACUCAUGCGGCGUCAUACGUAGAUCAGAUUUAAUGACAAUAAAACAAAACAACUGGUGAUGAUACUAAUGAUUGAUUAUACACUGGCAUACAUGUACA